AUGUUGACCGGUUUCGUCAUGUCGGCUUUCGCCGAUGACCCCCCGUUCUUAUCGGCAAUCGUUGACGACGUUCUUGUGAUUUUCAGGCUGUUCUGCACGGGAACCAUGACUACCUAUGGCCAUUUUGCGACUAACGCCAUCCACGCCGGCCAGGAACCCGAACAGUGGGCUAACCACGAAGUCAUCCCACCAAUCUGUCUCUCGACCACCUUCAAGCAGUCUGCCCCGGCGAAGUUUAAAGUAAAUGAUUCAUUACACCAGUAA